CGACAACGCGUAGUAGUCUUUCUGCGGAGAUCGAACCGAAAAGAACGCGAUUUGAUUCGGCAAAGUGAAAUGGCCUUACUGCUUGUUCGUCUGCUGGUCGGUUGCGGGAUCUUUGUUAUAACAACAUCGCUUAAUCAGAACCAUAGAUUCUCGAAUCAACUGUUCGACAAUCAGCUGAAUCGCGAUCAGAGACAGUUCUCGCAGAAAAGCGCGGCGUCCGCAUCGUGUCCGGAGCGAAACGGCCGUUAUCCCGUGCAGAAUCAGUGCGACGCCUACAUCGAAUGCAUCGACGGAAUCGCCGAACAGAAGCUGUGUCCCGAAGGCCUCGUUUACAAUCCCGAGGCUCGUUUCAAUUAUCCCUGUGGAUAUCCGAUCGACGUGGAUUGCACAGGCAGAUCGAACUUGCGUGAGUUAUAUACUGUCAAAAAUUUACUUUAAAUGUUGUUAAAUCUCAAUAAUUUCAACGAAGAGCCGGCACUCCCGACCGAUGAUUGUCCCCAUCAGUACGGUUAUUUCAAGAUCGGCGAUCAUCAGCAUUGCGGCCAGUUCAUGAAUUGCGUCGACGGUCGCGGCUACGUGUUCGAUUGUCCGGAGGGUCUGGCCUUUAAUCCGCAAACAUAUCGCUGCGACUGGCCGGAUCAAGUGUCGGAUUGCGACGCCGAGACUUUUCUCGGCUUUCGCUGUCCGGAAGUGAAAGACAGCUUCUUUCAGGAGGGCGAGAUCAGGCUCUAUCGCAGCAACGUUGACUGCCAUCACUAUUACAUCUGCGUGAACGGCCGUCCACGACUGCAGAACUGCGGCGAGGGAAAUGCCUUCAACGAGCUCAUCGACGCGUGCGACGCCGCGGAAAAUGUCACCGGCUGCGAACACGAAGCAAUAGCAAGAACCACUCCGUCGUCUCUGCAGACGAGGCUGUUUUAAAUAUUAGUGGUACAAUUGGAAGAGACGGUCGAUUGUUAACGCAAUAAUUUCGAAUGUUGUGUGAUAAAAAUUGCAGCGAUAAUAAAGUGAAAUUAUUUAACUACACACGCACACACAUGUGUGUGAUUUUAAAGAUACGAUUAAAAAUACAUACGGACGCAAGUAGAAACAUUUGGUUAUGAUAGAAACAUGUAUAUAAACUAUAUGCGCUGAUGCCAUAAAUUAAAUAAUGUGUGUAUAUAUAUAUAUAUAUAUAUAUAUAUAUAUAUUAAUAGAUAAGUCUAUACUUUUUAGGAAUUAUAGAAAAUUUCCCGAAGAUGAUUUUCAGUUUACUUCAUCAUGGCGUUCAAGAGCAGCCUGAUACUGUCUACCGUAUUUAUUAAUUCAAUAUAUUAAACUCAAUAUAUAUUGAGGUUUUCUCUCGUGCGUGACAAAAAACCAGUUUUUACCGAAUCUAUAAUAGAUCUCACGGUAAAAAAAAGGAAAAAGUUGGAUGGGGGAUUGGAGAGAAAAACACAGGAAAAACGUGUAUCGCAUACGUGCAAUUAAAAUAUACUAUUAUUAUUAUUUAACGCGCAGUACAGUUGCUUAAAAAAUAUAAUAGCUAAUGUAAUCCCGGAUGUACGUCGUUGAAAAUGCCGCUAUUCACACGCAAUACACACAAACGCACAUACACGCACACGCACACGCACAUAUGAAAAAUGAUAAUAGAAUUACAUAUACGUGUUCGGCGGCAACGUAAAUAAAAAAUUCCAUCUAAAUCACGGUGUGGUCGAUGGAAUGGCCCGGAGUGAGUUCGUAUAUAAAUAUACAUGUAUAUAUACACACACACGUGUAUCUAUACGUUUGACUUGAAUGCACGCUCGUUUUUCGCUUGUAAUUAACAAGGGACGCUAAUUAGCGGUGUUUUAGGAAAUUGGGGAGCGUUUACAAGAAGCAAACACGCGUACACAAUCUUCUUUGAACGUUACACUCCACACACACACACACACACACACACACAUCCGAACAGCAUACGAUUGAUGCGAGUAGUACUGACUUCUUUUUGUCCAAAAAUCGAUUUACGCAAUUGUUCAUCGCUUCCUGUUGCAACGCAUCCGUAAAUCUUGUGUACAAGACGGUUUUAUCGAGCUACACAUCGUUCGUAACUAGAAAAAACGUUUGAGCAACGACGUUUGCACUUCCGGUAAACCGUGAAAAAUUAUACUUGCGACAAGCGCAAACGAAAGGACAUGAUCGUUUAUUUUCGCGGAUUCGCACACUUUUAGAGAGAGUAUGUACACACACAAUAUUAUCAAAAAUAUUUUAAUACACAUGUACAAAAGAGAAAGAUAAUGCUUUACGAAGUAUAUUAUUAAAAUUACUCUUACGUAAAACAAAAAAAACUUCAAUUUUUCAAGUGUUCUCACUGAUGCGAUUGCUACAUAUCCGAUUUAUUCUCACGUAAUGUCGUGAUACAAGUUGAUAGUUCGGGGAAAUCGUGUAAUUGUAUGUAUAUAUAUAUAUAUAUAAUAUAUUUUGUAUCAAAAAUAUAUUCGACUUGAUUUC